AUGGCGAGCGCUUCGCCAACUCCCGCCCCCGCGGCUACCACCCGCCGAACAUCACAGCGCCAGGCAGUCCGUAGGCCGACGUCGCGACAGGCCAUGAAUAGGAGCGACGUGCAGGCUGCCCAGGAUCAACAACAACAAUAUCAUCACAACGACGAGAGCUCGGAGGAUGAGUUCCCUGUUCCUAUGAAGCUUAGUGCUCUCACAAAAGCUCUCCUCAACGAUGGGGAGUCGGUGAGGCCGGUGCAGUCAAGGCCUUCCCCCCCGCGUACCAGGCGCCAGGCCCACGCCGCUCUCAAUUCGUCGACGUCGUCGGCCACCGAGAACCGUCGGUACCUUCGAUCCGGCAGUGCACAGGCCACGGAUGUACCCAAGCAGCAGUCGCAGCAGCAGUCGCAGCAGCAGCCGCAGCCGCAGCAGCAGCUACCUACCCCCCCGACCACCAGCACACACAGCAGCACCACCAGCGGCAACAACAACAACGACAACAGCAACAACAACAGCCACGAUGACAGCGAGCACAAGGAGCCCACGCCCCCGCGGAAGCGCGUCGUCCGUCUGAGCAACACGCCCCAGAGCCUCAGCCAGCUGGGCGCUAGCAAGAGGCGCUCUGCCUCGUCGUCGCUGUCCGCACAGAGGUCCUCGGCUGCUGCUGCUGCUGCUCAGCCGCCACCGCGCCCGACCAGUAGGACCGGUAACAACGGUGAGAGAUCGACCGAGGAUGGCAACAAGUCCCACGACUACUACCAGGUGGACGUCAACACGCCCGCCCAGAACGAGCGCAUCGUGCGCAUAGCCGCGGGGUCGUCUGGACACCACAGCCGCGUCGGAUCCUCAGCCCGUCGGUCGUUUGACCGGUCAGCCGUCGACGUCGACGAGGCCCCCGACGACGACGAGGACCCGGAUGCCGUGGCCCGCAACGCUCCUCCCGUCAGCACGGGCAGCGUGGCCAACAACCUGCAGGGCUCCAUCCGUGUCAAGCGCGUCGGCAAGAUCCCCGGGAGCUUCCUCAGCGGCCCGGCCCGCCGUGGUGGCAGGCGCACCCAGAGCGGUGAGCACAACGACGCCGACGCCUUCUUGCAGGGACAGGAGCCCGGAUCCCACCCUGGCCGCGAUGUCGCCGGCACCUCGCCGUCGUACUACGCUGAUGGCGUCCACGACCGCGACUUCAACUCUGGCAGCCCCGUCAGUGCCGGUGCCGCCGUCAGGGCCAGCCAGAGGCUCCGCGGUGCCAGCGCCGACAUUCCCGGUGGCGAGGACGAGGCUCCCGCCCCUAGGAGGUCGUCGCCGCGGAUAGAGGCUCGCAUCGUGUCCGAGCCGGAGCAACCGCUCGCCUCGGCCCCCGCUCCGCAGAUGCCCUCCGCCUACGACCAGGAGAACGAAGCGCCCGCUAGCUACAGGCGUGCCAACAAGCCUCCCGCCGCCGAGGCUGUGCCGGAAAAGGCGUCGAGCAAGCCGAUACCUCUGCAGCAGCAGCAGCAGCAGCAUGGGCCGUCGACGGUGUCGCCGGCGAGGAAGCCCCUGUCGAUGGUGGAGAGGAACACGCCUCGCCGUCCGGCGCCGCCGCCGCCGCCCAAGAUGUCGGUCAUCGAGGCGGCCACGUCAAACGCCGGCGCGUCCACGACGACGCAGGCCAAGCAGAGGAGGAACGUGCUCAAGGUCAACGGGAGGUGCUACACCAGGCUCGACUGCCUGGGCCGCGGCGGCAGCGCAAAGGUGUACCGCGUCACGGCGGAGAAUGGAAAGAUGUUUGCGCUCAAGCGCGUCUCGCUCGAGAAUGCAGACGAGUCUACCGUUCGGGGGUACCGUGGCGAGAUUGACCUCCUCGGGAAGCUGAAGGGUGUCGAUCGCGUCAUCAACCUGUUUGAUUAUGAGAUGAAUGACGAGAAGCGAGUACUUAGCCUGCUUAUGGAGAUGGGCGAAUUGGACCUCAACACUCUGCUCAGGACAAGGCAGAACCCCGAGGGAGCCAAGCUGGACACGGUGUUUGUGAGGUACUACUGGAAAGAGAUGCUGGAGGCGCUGCAGUCGGUUCACCAGUACGACAUUGUGCACUCGGACUUGAAGCCGGCCAACUUCGUACUGGUGCAGGGCCGUCUGAAGCUGAUCGACUUUGGCAUCGCCAACGCCAUCCAGACAGACGAGACGGUCAACGUGCAUCGCGAGACGCAGAUCGGCACGCCCAACUACAUGUCGCCCGAGUCGUUGAUGGACGCCAACACGCCCCGGGGCGGCGGCCGCGUCCCCGGCCGGCCCAAGCUGAUGAAGCUCGGCAAGCCCAGCGACGUGUGGUCCCUCGGCUGCAUCCUGUACCAGAUGGUGUACGGGCUGCCCCCCUUCGGCCACAUCGCCAACCAGAUGGCCCGGUGCCAGGCCAUCAUCAACUGGGACCACGGCAUCGAGUUCCCGUCGCGCGGCGUGGGCGGCGUGGCUGUCCCGCCCUCGCUGAUCCGCACCUUGCGACGCUGCCUCCAGCGCGACCAGCACCUCCGCCCCACGUGCGAGGACCUCCUCCGCGACACGGACCCCUUCCUGUACCCCGUCGAGCUGGGCGACCGAGCCGUCCCGAUAGAUGAGGAGCUCCUCGGCAGGAUCAUCCAGAGCGUCGUGACCAGGUGCAAGGACCGUAUGCCGUCCGAGUCGGAGCUGGCCACGGUCUGGCCACAGGCGUACUGGAGCAGCGUGAGGAAGGCGACGUCGGGAAGGAUGUGA